CCUGAAAACAGGGUAGGUUCCUAUAUAAAUGCAGUGCUGAACAUUGAUAACCGAUCAUCACCAUUUGGCCGUGCAGACAUGAUGCUGUUUGGGUUAAUCUCACAGUCAGUUAUUUGCCACUGGGUAGGUGAGAGUGUGAAUGUUGCUGUAUGUGUGUGUGUGUGUGUGUGUGUGUGUGUGUGUUAGGGAGAGCAGAGCCAAUGAUAAAUGAGGGUAAAUAACAGAGUGAGGUGCAGUGUGCCGAACCCAUGACCCAGAGAGAUAAACAGAGAAUGAGAGUUGGCCAGGCAGGUGGGAUGGAGGUGUGGUGACCUCGCGAGCGUUUAGCGUGACUCCCUGCUCUGAUUGGAUGCUGCGACUCUAACAGACAUGUUCUCCCCUCGUCCCCCUCCCACACCCGUACGUGAGCGAGAGGAAGCCGGCAGAUAGAAGCGAGCCGAGGAGUCAGGUUCUAACUCCAACUCAAAUGAGCUCACAGCAAGACACACACACUCUCUCUUUCACACACACACUGCUCAGCGCUGUCUCUUCAACCCUGGGACACGAGGAGCAGCAGAAAGAAGAAGGAGCGGAGGAAAGAGCAAGAGACAGGGGGAGAAAGGCAGAGGGAGACUGGCAGUGUGCAGGAGAACAACCAUGGCUUCAGAUCCGGGGCUGUCUGUGAUGCUGCUGUGGACUAUAUCACUCCAGGCUGUGGUGGCCGCAGGAACCAACAGCAACGAAGUAAAUCUCCUUGACACGACCACAAUAACCGGAGACUGGGGCUGGCUGACAUAUCCAUCCCAUGGGUGGGAUGCCAUUAAUGAGAUGGAUGAGUAUUUUACCCCCAUUCACACAUACCAGGUCUGUAAUGUGAUGAGCCCAAGUCAGAACAACUGGUUAAGGUCUGGCUGGAUCCCUCGAGAAGGUGCCAGGAGGAUCUACAUUGAGGUCAAGUUCACCCUGAGAGACUGCAACAGCAUGCCUGGAGUUCUAGGUACCUGCAAGGAAACUUUCAACCUGUACUACUAUGAGUCUGACAGAGCCGUGGGUUCAGCCAUACGGGAGAACCAGUUCAUUAAGAUUGACACCAUUGCUGCAGAUGAGAGCUUCACGGGGGUGGAUCUGGGAGUCCGCAGACUUAAGCUCAACACUGAGGUGAGAGGCGUGGGCCCGUUGAACAGACGAGGAUUCUACUUGGCCUUCCAGGACAUUGGCGCCUGCAUCGCCCUCACCUCGGUGCGGGUGUACUACAAGCGCUGCGUCGGCAUCAGCCGCAACUUGGCAGUUUUCAUGGAUGUGGUGACUGGUGCUGACUCGUCCUCGCUGGUGGAGGUCAGGGGUCAGUGUGUUGAUCAUGCCGAGGAGAGGGAUACCCCUAAGAUGUACUGCAGCGCAGAGGGCGAGUGGCUGGUGCCCAUUGGGAAAUGCGUGUGCUCAGCUGGCUUUGAAGAGCACAGAGAAUCCUGUGUAGCCUGUGAGGUGGGUUUCUAUAAGCCAGUGGCAGGUGAUGGCCCUUGUGGUAAAUGUCCCCAACACAGCCACUCAGAGACCAGAGCUGCAGUCUCCUGCCCCUGUGACUCCAACUACUACAGGGCAGCAGAUGAGCCGCCAGCAGCUCCAUGCUCCCGACCUCCAUCUGCUCCAGUAAACGUCAUCUCCUCAGUCAAUGGGACAUCUGUGGUUUUAGAGUGGGAUUGCCCUUUGGAUACAGGGGGACGCAGCGACCUGCAAUACAGCAUAUUGUGCCAGAAGUGCUCAGGGGAAGGUCCCUGUGAGGACUGCACAGCUUCUCCUGGAGGCAGCAGUUGGGGGAAGGUGGGUGGAGGGGCCAGCAUUGGGUUGGGUGGAGGGGGCAUUGUGGAGCGUUCCGGCAGUGCCGCUGUUAGAUUCAUUCCUCGCCAGAGCGGUUUGACGGAGUCUCGGGUGACAGUGCUUAACCUGGUGGCCCACACCAACUACUCUUUCCGGAUCCUGGCCACGAAUGCUGUGACACACCUGAGCAAUGAAGCAUCACCUCAUACCAUGGUCAACAUCACAACAAACCAGGCAGCCCCCUCGGAAGUGUUAUCUAUACGCCAGGAGAACACCAGUCAGAACAGUGUGACUCUGAUGUGGCAUGAACCUGACCAGCCCAAUGGAGUCAUACUUGAGUAUGACAUCAAAUACUAUGAGAAGGAUAAUGAAGAGCAGAGUUAUUCCACUCUAAAAACUAAAAACACCAGUGCUCUGGUGUCAGGAUUGAAGCCCGGCACAAAGUACAUCUUCCAGGUUCGGGCCAGAACAUCAGCUGGCUGUGGACGCUUCAGCCAGAACAUUGAGAUCCAGACUGGAAAAGCAGCUCCUCUGCGUUACAACACAAUGACCAUCAUCUGGAUCUCCAUGGCUCUGGUAUCCGGUCUAGUCACCUUCUUGGCCAUCAUCAUCUGCAGGAAACGGCAAGGCUACACUUUACCACACUACCCGUCGCUGCUACACUGUGGCUACAGCAAAGCGUUCCAGGACUCUGAUGAGGAGAAGAUGCAUUACCAGAAUGGUCAUGUGUCAUUCCCCGAUGCAAGGUUCUAUAUCGACCCACACACGUACGAGGACCCCUGCCAGGCAGUCCAUGAGUUUGCCCGUGAAAUUGAAGCUUCCCGGAUCAAAAUUGAGAAAAUCAUUGGCUCAGGAGAGUUUGGAGAGGUGUGUUACGGACGUAUGAAGCUUCCUGGCAAACGAGACACCCCAGUGGCGCUGAAGACACUGAAAGCAGGAUACACAGAGAAACAGAAGAGGGACUUCCUGGCUGAAGCAUCCAUCAUGGCCCAGUUUGAUCAUCCAAACGUUAUUCGACUGGAGGGGGUGGUAACUCACAGUAAACCGGUGAUGAUCAUCACAGAGUACAUGGAGAAUGGCUCUCUGGAUGCCUUCUUGAGGAGGCACGAUGGCCAGUUCACUGUCAUCCAGCUGGUUGGGUUGCUGCGUGGAAUUGCGGCAGGUAUGACCUACCUGUCUGACCUAGGAUACAUCCACCGGGACCUGGCUGCCCGCAACAUCUUGGUCAACAGCAACCUGGUGUGUAAGGUAUCUGACUUUGGCCUGUCCAGAGUCUUGGAGGAUGACCCAGACGCUGCAUACACCACCAGUGGUGGAAAAAUCCCAAUCCGCUGGACAGCUCCGGAGGCCAUUGCAUACAGAAGGUUCUCCUCCUCCAGUGAUGUGUGGAGCUACGGCGUAGUCAUGUGGGAAGUGAUGUCCUACGGAGAACGGCCGUACUGGAAUCUCACCAACAGAGACGUUAUUAAGUCUGUGGAAGAGGGCUACAGGCUGCCCACUCCCAUGGGCUGCCCUGCUGCUCUACACACACUCAUGCUUGACUGUUGGCAGAAGGAUCGCAACGAGAGGCCACGCUUUUGCCAGAUAGUCACUGUUCUUGACAAACUAAUUCGCAACCCAGAGAACCUGAAGUCCAUUGACACACUCUGCAGUUUAAACAGUCCUCCAUUAAUGGAGAGAGCUAUCCCUGACUUCAGUAGCUGUAACUCAGUAGACGAAUGGCUGGACACCAUAAAGAUGGGCCGCUACAAGGAACACUUUGCAGCAGGGGGUUACCACACUUUGGGACACGUCAUAGGCAUGAAACAAGGGGACAUCCAGAGGCUGGGCGUGACACUGAUGGGUCAUCAGAAGAAGAUCAUGACCAGUGUCCAAGUAAUGAGGGCACAAGUCCUCAACAAGAGUGUUCCAUCGGUUCAGAACAAGACAGCUGUAAGAAGACAAGAAAAACAAAAGAAGCAGGUUCUUCCAAACAUGCAUUUCACAAAAGUGACUUUCUUUCUCUUAAAGUGACUUAGCUCAAACUCUGUGUUAUAAACUGGGUAAAACAACCCUUUUGUCAAGAAUGUUUAAUUGUUUGAUCGAAAGCCUCAGUAAGCCAAAAUGAUCUGUGUUUCCAGUGUACAGGAAACAUUACGGAGUUGCUUGACAAGCAACU